CGUGCCGAACGAAAGCGACAGCAGAUCCACAACAUGGUAGAGGCUGGAAUGCAGAUGGUCGGGGAUAUUGUAGCAAAGUCUUUCUCUCCAACGACCCUUACAAGGCCUUUGCACAUAGUGGAGUUUUGUGCGGGUAGUGGGCAUGUCGCCUUCCCGCUAUUGUGGAAGCAGCUACAUCUUCAAGAAGGUCAACAUCAAGGUAGUACUUCUAGGAGCAGUAGACCUUUAGAAUUCACCAUCCUAGAUAUGAAUCGAGAGGCGCUUCAUACAGCCGAACGGAGAGUUCUUGAUAUGCUUGGCGAAAUGGAGAAACAGUUUGGGUUGGUGCGAACACUAGAUGAAGACGGGGAGGACGGUCACGGACAAGAAAAGAAAGCUCCUCCUGCAACGAAACGGCAACACCGAAGUCGUGCGCAGAUAGUUCGAACUUUUCGGUUCUUCCGUAGUACCCCGUCCACCUCAACGACUGCCCCACGACCCAGACGCGGAUCAGAGCAGGACUCUGCUUUUCCAAGUCUCACAAUCAGACUAGUCCAGUGCAUGGUAUCAGAAUACUCAGAAGUCGUCGACGUCCCCUUCGACCUUGGUAUCGCUCUACAUGCUUGUGGCCGCGCCAGUGAUGAGGUGAUGACGCUGUGCGCCGAGAAAAGUGCAGGGUUUGUGGUGGCACCUUGUUGCGUUGGAAGACUGGCACAGAACGUGGGAGCAACAAACAUCAUCAAAGACCCUCAUCACAGUGCCACAACCACAGCUACGACGACAUCCCGUUUCUUAGACCGUAAAUGGGAUAGUGUUUUGGAUGUAUGUUAUCCUCGGUCAGCGUUGUUUCGGGAACAUCUUAGAGUUUCCUACAAUGACUUCUGCGUUUUAGCGAAAGCUGCUGACUUCGCAAGCCACAGUAGUGAAGAUAAUAUGUUGGUCGAACUCGAAGCUGAAGUAGGGGCUACAACAACUAAUACGACCAUAACCUCCACAAAUACCAUUGGAGGCAAGCUAGGCGGAAAUGCACCAAACCAACAAGAAAAUGUAGAGCGUGCGAAGAUUUGUGUGCAAAGAGACAGACUUCAAUUCCUAGAAGAAAGUUUCGGCACACGUACUGAACUGCGUAAGAUGGUACCCCUCAACUGCACUCCGAAGAACGAUAUUUUACUUGGUUGGACUUAGAAUGUAGACCCUAUUUCUAUAGAACGAGGCUUCCCACCAAUCAUAAGUACUUCCCAGUAGCGACCUCUUCAUCGAAG